GAGCCUCACAUGCCUACAUCUUCUCGGCUCUCCAUAUCUGCCGCUGGAGAUUCUUCGUGGUGGUCUAUUGACCCUUCAACUGCCCCGAAAUCCUCGCCAGACGCUCCUUUGGCUCAACCGAGCCGCGUACCGGAAUCUACUGAGGCACAACCAGCUCGCAACGCUCCAAAUGUGUCCGCAAAUAGAACGUCGGUUCCUGUCGCCUGCGUGGCCUGUCGAAGCCGCCAUCUCAAAUGCGACGGUGGUGUUCGCUGUACAAGAUGUAGGGCUGAUGGCGUUGAGUGCUCCUAUGUAAAGUCUCGCCGCGGCUGGAAAGGGAAGAGGAAGCUCAAAGCCGGCGAAUCGUCAUCUAAUCAAGAGAAUGGUUUGCCUGUGCAGACUCCCCUGGGAAGCGUCUUGGGGACCAACUCUUCUCUCGCGUCAACUCCGGCAUUUGACUUCAAUUCUGAAAUAGUGCCUAUCAGUCAAAUCGGGACUCCACAGCAUGGAACUUUUGGCGCCCUCAUUAACACCAACCCAUUCGCUUCGCCUCCAAUUUCCAACCAAUCGGCGUUGCAUUCAAACUUGAAUCCAAACUCUUCUGUGAACUCUGGCGUCGCGAGUACAACUAGCGCAUUCUAUUUCUACUUUUACAGUUCACAUCCGUUCCUAUUGCCUCACCAUCGCCAAGUGGAGCUGCUGAAACAAAGACGCAUUCCACACUUGGAACUCGCUAUUCAGUACAUCGGGUCGUGUUUCCUCCCAGCAGCCCCCACCGAAAUGUACAAAGAUGCUCUAAAGCGAAUGCUAUCUCAGCAUAAUCUCCCCAAGGACGCUUUCUCGGUCCAAACUCUGCUGCUAUUCGCCAUUGGUCUGCACGCCAACAACGACCCGGAGAAAGCUGCGCAAAUGCUCGAUGUGGCCAUCAAUAUAGCCCUCGAGAUUGGGUUGAACCAAGGAGACUUUGCUUUGAUGCACGGCGCAAACGACCGGAUAUUGGAAGAGUGUCUCAGACGCACCUGGUGGUCGUUAUACGUGAUCAAUGGUCUUUUUGCAGGAGUGAAUCCUCGCAUUCCAUUCCGGCUUCGAGACGUUGUAACUGACGUACCUUUGCCUUGUGAGGAAGUGGAAUACUACUCUGGGCAUAUACCGUUCACUCGUUCGCUUCAAGACUAUGAUGACUCAGCUUUUGCUAUCGAAGAGUCUGAAUUCUCGUCCUUUACGUACCUCGUCGACGCCGUCCGCAUCAUGGGUAAAGUGCUUGAAGUCAGCAGAGCCGACAACAUGGAAUAUCACAUGGUUGAUAUCACAGACGCUGACUUGGUUAAUUGGUCGCUCCACCUACCAAAAACCAAGCGAGACAUGCUCCACAAUGAUAGGGAGGUUGACGAGAUACUCUUCCAGGCUCAAAUGAUCAUCUGCGCCGCUACCAUCCAGCUCCACCGCCCUCGCUCCAACCUCGGAUUCGGCGACGUCGAAGAAGUCACUGUCUGCGUCGAGCCAGGCCAGAUCCUGCUCCCAACCCAAGCGCGCGAAAUCCACACCGCCAAGUGCCUGCAAGCCGCCGAAGACAUCUCCAAGCUAAUCACCCUGCCCACCCCACUCCAACGGCACUCGCCCUUCUUCACCUGCGUCGUCGUCGUCGCUUCAGUCGUCCACCUCUCCUACUGGUCCUUCCUCGUCCCCGACGGCCAGGACGACAAGAUCAAAGGCCUCAUCCGCCUCGACACCGGCUCCCUCCAGAGCCUCUCCGCCUGGUGGCCCGUCGCCAACACGGUCCUGAAGCAAGUGCGCGGCGUCGCGAGCGUCAUGUUCAACUCGAAGAAGUCGAUGAGCAUCCACAUGUGGAGCUCGAUUGCGAGCGACGAUAUGAUCCGCAUCAUGAUCGAAGAGGGCGCGUCCGAGGAUCCCGAGACGUUCGCGCCGCUGCUGGGGCAAUAAUAUGGAGAACGCUAUGGCCUUUUUGGCAUGGGGGGCGAAAUACGGAAAAAGGGCAUGUCUCACAGGGACAUUGGGAGGCGGGCGUGGAACGCGCGCUACGAAGAUAUGAUACCAUGUUCGGCGUUUUUCGGUUGGGCAGAACAGAAUUUAGGCGUAUUGUGCACUCAUCUCGAGCUUUUAUGUGUUUGAUACUUGAUAUGAUGUGGCCUGUUAGUGAAUCUAAGACGAGUCACCUACACCCCGGAUUGAUAUGUCAUGGCAGAAGGCACC